AUGUCUGCCCCCGACAGAUCGGUGGCUUUCAGCCCACAGUGGCUAAGAGACGAGGCGAAUCGGCUUGCGCAGAGUGCCUCGCCCAAUCAGCAAGAUUUGACAAUAAAGUUGAUGACCCCGUUGAUGAGUGAUAGCGAACGCAAUAAUUCACCUUCGCCGCCCAGCAAGGGCCUAACUGGACCUCUGGAUCCUCUAUUCGACAAUAUGGCAUACUUGAAUGAUUCGGACCAAAAUGACCGUCCAAAAACGCCACAGAAGCCUCAAUCUGGGAAGAAUUCUGCCUUCGCUACGCCAACUCGUCGCCAUCGAACCGCAAAUACUAUUUCACCUUUGCCUCACGCUUCUGGUCAUCGCUCUACCCCUUCAUCGACCAGACCUCGCCUUUCGGCACAGCAAGAAGCAGCGUUAUCCUCUCCAGAAGCUUCUCAGCAAGGACGGCUGACCUUAGACCAUGGCGAACCUCUACCACCAUUCCGAGUAUCUCACACUGCUUCCCCACGAACUGCUAGUAAAAAGAAAUCGCCCAUACCAUAUGUACCCACAUCGAAGACGGACCGAUCUUCAUUCUUACAACGAAGGCGUAGCCCGUCACCCCUGCUAAGUGAUUACUCUCAGUCACCCGAAGUACGUUCUGCAGGCAUUGCUACUCACCUAGAAGAGGAGGAUGUGUACAAUGAGAAUGAUGAAGAGAUACAUGGUCUGAGUGAAGCCAAGGCAGUCUACUUGGACCGAAAGCUACCGGAUUUUGUGGUACGAAAGCCGAGCGACAGCUUAAAGCGGAAGGUUCUGUUUAGACCACGUAGAAAGCAGCACGGUGACUCCUUAGUCAGCGGUGAGCUGUCGUUCGAAUACUGGGACGAAGAACAGAAACAGGGAUUCUGGACUUUGAUUGAUGACGAGGGCUUUAAGUGGAUCGUCAAAUACUUCUUUGAUUGUCAAGCAUACCGAGCCUGGAUGGGUGUGGACUCUGGCUAUGACAAGAACGGACUUGCAUUCACCAUCAGACGUAAGCAGGGCUUCCAGAAGCUUCCAAGUCAGAGCACUGUGGUUGGAGACAGUGAGGAGUCAGAGAAUGAGACAGCUGACACCGGAAGAACAUUUCGCAAGCGGAAUAUCGAUCAAGUCCGACCAUACUCUACAGAACUGAUGAAUUACAAGCGGAGCAAGGAUGGGAAGAAAACGAAAAACUUCAAGAGGGAGUAUACAUAUGAUGCUGAAUCUUCUGCAGAAAAGCCUUCGACAAAAGCACCACCUCACCGGAGCAACAAAAACGCAUCUAGAACACCACCAGCAUCUCGCCACACUUCUACACACAGCAAAGCCCCAUCUAGUUCCCGACUUUCUGGGGAUAGCAUUGAAAGGAAAAUUUCCCAUCCAUCUACACGAGAGUCUGUGUCAGAUGAAAAGAUACAGGCCAAUACUACGUUGUAUAUCUUCACCAAUGACGAUGACCCCCCUGCUACAGUUUAUCUCAAGUCAUGCAGCAACGUGGAAUCGUUCUUCUCAAUCAUGCCGCUGGUUGCAGGUGUAGAUGAGCAUGAUAUCCGUCAGAUCACAGUCCGAUUUGAUUGGUUACCAGAGUCGACGCCCAACACCAUCAGGAUGAUACCUGCGCUCUCUGACAGCUACGACAAAAUGAUGGAGGAGAUUCGGGAGGCGCCAGGGUGGAUGGAAGGAGGUGAUGGAAAAGCCAGUGUCAUUGUGAAUGUGGUGCUCAAGUGA